AAAGCUGCUCUAAGAAGUAAGAACGAUGCUCUUUUUUGUUUGUGUUUUUUUCUUUCCGCUGAAGAAGUGAAAAUUAUGCGAAACACCAUGUUUUAAUUUACUGUGGCCAAAUUAAAAGAAAUAUAGGUGUUUCUCCACGCAAUGGCCUUUGAAUGUUUACACCGCUUGACAAACGUCCGAUCAGGGAAACAUCCCUGACAAAAACUACCAUGUUUUUGUCCGUUUAUCCUGAGACAUGAUCACUGACGUUUUUGGAUGAAAUUUUCGCAUCUGUUUGAGAUGGAUCUUACAUUUCUUAACUUCCACUCCAUGAUGAUGAAGUAAUAUUUGCUAAUAGAUAUGGGUUGCAGUUUGUUUUGAAACAAAAUGGCUCGCCUCAAUUUGAAGCUUCUAUUGCUUCUUCUGAUAGCUAUAGUAUCAUUCACCUUGAUCACUUACACUUUUAAUUGUGGGCAUCCAGUCUCCAGCCAUCCAAGUUUUAUUCAAAGGUUAGAAGAGCCAUCUUUAACAGAAUCAAGAGGCAAGAUUUAUGAAGAACUUGAUUGUUCCAUAAAUGGAAUGUACCACAUUUCAUGCCGAAAAGAAGGAAGAGAAGUAUUUAUUCCUUUCUCAUUUCUUGAGAAGUACUAUGAAGUCUAUGGGAAGUUGACCAAGUCCAAGGGUCAUGAACAAUUUGAAUGGUCACACUCAUAUUCUAAAGUUUUUAAACCAACCACACCAUACAAUGCAUCAGGAAUGUUCAUGUAUUUUAGUAACUAUAAUGUUGAAGUCCGCGAUCGCGUUAAAUGUAUUUCAGCCACAGAAGGAGUCCCUGUUUCAACACAGUGGGAAGCCAGUGGAUAUUAUUAUCCAGUACAAGUGGCCCAAUACGGUCUCUCCCAUUACAGCAAAAAUCUCAGUGAACCCCCUCCAAAAAGAAAAGUCUUGGAAGAUGGAAAUACGUUUACUGCCAAGUGGCAAGUCCCAAAAGGAGCAUACAUAAGAAGAAACUAUGACAGCGCAAAAUUAACUCAUGUUUUAGAAUUCAAUAGCCGAGAUAGUGCUGGUAUAUCAUUAAGAUUAAAGCAAGGGACCGAUUUGGUGCUGAGUUUUGAUUUGCGGUUCUUAAGUAUGAACGGCUCCCUGACUCUUUUUUUAGAGGAUCGUGAUCGGUCACAAACAUUUCCCGUUUCCUUUACUUGUUCUUCAGUUCUUGUGGAAGCCCAUAACGCAAGUGGAAGUUAUUCUACCAUAUAUGGAAUGGGCAAUUGUCAAAGCUGGAACAGAUUAACCCGGGAUCUUCACAUAGAUUUGGUGAAAGGUCACGUCCUUUCAGGAAGAGGGAAAAAAUUGUCUAGAACAAAAUUACGUGUUCAUCAUUUGCUGUUGAAGGGCAAUGGGCAGCUAGACAACUUAACUCUUGCUUCAAGCAAUCACAUGGACAUGUUUUAUUCUUCCGCUGAUUGGCUUGUCGUUCAUCAAGACUCAAGCGGUGGAUGGCCUAUUGGGGUCAAACGGAAGAUAGCGUCAGGACGGGCGGAUCUCGAUCCCGGUUGGUAUUCUGCUAUGGGACAAGGUCAAGCUAUGUCACUUUUAAUGCGAGCUUUUUAUCGAUCAGGCAAACCUCACUAUCUCGAAGCUGCACUUAAAGGAAUGCAACCAUUCAGUAAAUCGAGCACUGAAGGAGGUGUACGUGCUUACUUCAUGAAUCAGUAUCCGUGGUAUGAAGAAUAUCCAACCGUACCUCCAUCCUUCGUCCUGAAUGGUUUCAUCUACUCACUGAUUGGUCUGUACGAUGUGGUUUCUCUUGCUCCACCCAAUCAAGUCGGCGAUGCUCAGCUUCUUUUUGAUCAAGGAAUGCAUUCGCUCAAGAAGUUACUACCUCUUUUUGACACAGGAUCUGGUACAGUUUACGACCUUCGUCAUUUCACUCUUGGUCUCGCACCCAAUAUAGCGCGAUGGGACUAUCACUCUACACACAUAAACCAAUUACUUCUGUUAAGUACAAUUGACUCGGACCCUAUUCUCACCAAUGUUGCUGAAAGAUGGAUAAGCUAUAUGUCUGGAAAACGUGCUGCACACAACUGAUGAUGAGACUGGCUUCAUUGGAAAAGAUUUAUUAUACAUACUUGUACCUUCAGUCACUAUCACACAAAUUACUUUAUUGAUUCGAGUGAGUUUUUUAUCAGUUCAAGACCUCGUUUAUUGCAAGAUUAUUUCCAGAAUCCCAAACUUUUGUUGUAUGUUGCUAAAACAAUAAUUUCAUUUUGUAACCAAUUAAUUUAUAUGCGGAAUAAUUUUGAAGCGCGUGUAAUUCGAAUCUGAUGUGUUGUAAACAAUUUCUCUGUGUUCUCAUCACGUACGUUUACGUAUUUUUGCCCAUGCUGGUGAAGGCCUGCUCUUUUUAUUCUGAUUUGUUUUUGUCGUUUGGAAAAUUUUUCUGUUAUGCAUUCCAUAAUUUGAUAAUUGUGUAUUUGCACUGAAAUGUAAAACGAUAUACUAAUUAGACUGACUGUACACGUAAAAA